ACUUUUCGGGCUACUCCAUCUUUAACAUAGAGAAAAAGACAUUAAAAGAAAAAGCCCUAAAACUGCAGGUUGACCCCACAUGAGGGGGGUCUUAUCGAAUCUCACAGCUGAAGAGGCUCAUCAUCACAUGAACAGGUUCCCCGAGCCAAUUGCUCAAUGACCAGGGUCUCCCUCUGCGGGAAGAAGCUCCCGGACGAGGUGAUCAACUCUGCGAUGGUUGCUAUAGCUUAAUGAAAGUCCCAUUUCCAAGAGUUUGAGGUGUAUAAAAAGCUCCAAUCACCAUGAAUUUCGUCUUAGUUUGUGCUCUAUCUUAAAAGUCUGUACUUUGUGUGAGGAAGGAAGCACAGAGGAAAUUAUGAAAGUGAUUGCUAUUUUAGUGAUUUUUGCGAGUCUCGCGGCUGCAGUACCCCUUCCGGAUGGCCUAGAACCACAUAUCCCUGUGCUGGAGAGGACAGAGGUGCGCGAUGAGCACGGACAGUAUGCUCUGAGCUAUCUAACAGCCAAUGGGAUUGCAACAGCCGAACAGGGUGCCCUAAAGCAAUCUAAUGAGGGAAAUGUACUCGUACGUCAGGGAUCUUGGGCAUAUCUUGGCCCCGACAAUGUAAAGUACAUUGUAAACUACGUGGCAGAUGAGAAUGGAUAUCGUGCCACGGGAAGUCACCUCCCUGAACCACCAGCAUCGUAGGCAAAAAAAUGUGCUGGACAAGCACAUUUUUUUUUAGUUUUAUAUCUCUUCUUUUU